AGUCCCGCUCUCUUUUGUAAACACAGCCCGUUGGAAACGCUAUAACGUCGAGACACGUUUAAACCUCACACUCUCUCUCUCUCCGCGCCGUUAAUCACAGCACUCUCAAACUGACUGCAGUAUCCGUAAACGGAAUCCAGUUAGAGGGGCAAAGUAGGGGUGGGUGGGGGAGGAAAAAGAGAGAGAUUAAAGACCAAAAAUCGUUAGCAAAAGAGAAAAUCAAAAAUCAGAAGAGAAUUUGAUUGGGGGGGGACAAAAAGAAAGGGACGCUGCAGAUCCAAGGCGAGGAUUACUCUAACUAUGAGUGAGUGAGUGAGUAAGUGCGUGGCGGAACAGGAGAGGAUUUGUGAAUCCGCCUCAAAAGAUUUUCAAUUUAAUUGGGGUGGGGUAGUGGUCAGCGCCGACUACGCGAGCGGAAGACAAUACAGAUUAUACAGUUCAGAUUGUAUAUCGAAAUCACCCAAAUAGCGAGGGGACGGGGGAAAGUAACAUUCGUUUUAAAUUUUGAAAGGCGCCGGAGCCCAGGGAGCCACACGGUUCGAGCGGGAAUGUCAUGAUCGGCCGGAGCUGAGUUUAUUGUGGACUGCCAAGGCAGGGAAACGGUUUAAAAAGGACGAGAGAGGGUACGGGUUAAGCGAGAGAGAGGCAGGGAUUCUUGACAACCACGAUCUUGGGCGAUCAAAUCAAAUUAUCCACAAGUUCAUGAGAAUAAGGUGGGUCAAGGAAUCAAGCGGAAAGGAACGGGGGGGGGGGGGUUAGAGGAAAAUUUGUAGCGGGAGGAGAGUUGAACUGGGGCAUUUGUACUUUCAUAACGGGCACAGAGUUAGACUGGGUAUCAGAAACGAGGGCAAAUUAAGACGAUUUAGACCGGAAUUAAGCAAAUGAAAUAAAUCGAAUUCAGAUUGAUCUCCUGGAACUGGAUUUCAAGCCAUUUGCUGGUCUCCAGGUCCUGGGAAAAGGCAGAGUUUCCACUGGGAACCAUGGGUUCUUUCGGGAAGUACACUCACGCCAUUAUCAGGGGGAUCCCGGCCGGAAUGGGACUGAAGGACGGAGAGAAGGACGGCGAAGAUAGCGAGGGUGGCGGCGUGGACGCUGCAAAACUGCACCGCCAGCUCGGUGUUUACACCGGCAUCCUGAGGCAGAAACUGGGCCUGCAGGUCAUCGAGCUGCCGGCGAGUGAGCAGCCCGGGCUGCCCCUCAGCCUGUGUGUGGAGGACAUUGUGGUCGUGCAGGGAGACACGGCCCUUCUAACCCGUCCCGCAAACCCGGACAGGAGGAAAGAGGUGGCAACGGUGAAGAGUGUUCUGGAAGAGCUGAAGCUGCGUGUGUUCGAGGUGACUGACGAGAGAGCCACGCUUGAUGGCAGUGAUGUCUUCUUUACAGGCCGCGAGUUCUUUGUUGGGAUCUCCAAGUGGACAAAUCACAAAGGAGCAGAGUAUGUGGCGGAGGCAUUCAAGGAUUUUACAGUCUCUAUUGUGCACAUUCCUGAACCCCAUCAUUUGAAAAGUUUCUGCAGCAUGGGUGGACCCAGCACUAUUAUCAUUGGGAACAGUGAGGCUGCUCGAAAGGCAAUCAAGGCGAUGGAGCAACUAACGGACUAUCAGUACGACAAACUCAGUGUACCAGAUGAUGCUGCGGCCAAUUGCAUCUAUGCACGUGUUGGCAACAAAUGCAACGUCCUGGUCCAUCGGACAGUGGAUGAGUUUCCGGAAAGUUCCAAGGCCUUCAAAAAGCUUCCAGACUACACAUUGAUCCCUGCCUCCUGCACAGAAGUGGCUAAACUGGGAGCAUCCCUGAGCUCCUGUUCCAUUUUAAUCAAUAAGAAGUUUGAGUAUUAGAGUCAGUUUGGGAGGGUGUGAGGGAGGGGGAGUUGUGGAAGAAGGGGUGUGGCGUUUAAUCCACACCUGCCUUAAUUCUAUGGUGGCAUACAAUAGAAAACCACUCUGAUUUGAUCGAUAUGCUAGAGAUGUACUGGAUUUUUUGGAUCGGGAACAAACUGCCUCAACCCAAUCCGAGAAGUGAGGUGGGCUUCUUCUUUGGGGCUAGAGACCGAGAGCUCCUCUUCAAUGUCGACAGGGCUCGACCGGCAGAACAAAGCUGCUGUUUGAUGAUUGUGGGUCUAUCUACGACACCUAGGGGUGAAACAUCGGUAUUAAUGUAGCUCUAAUUUGAGGAGCAACUUUUUAUUGUCUCCAGGUCCAACCCAGUGCCUCAUUUCGGGGCUAGUCACCCUCUCAGAACAAUUCCUGAAACCCUGCCUUCCUUUCACGUUUGGAUUCCCUCCGUGUGUGCUUUUCCAGGAUUUUUCGAUUUCCGACGAAUCUUUUGCUUUCAGUAGGUGUCUGUCUCCAAUCCUGUGCAACACACCCUAGGUCAGACUUCCAUCUUUUUAUAUUCCACCGCCUUCUCUCACAUCCCAGUUUUCUCUCAGCUGUUUGCUUCCAGAACCAAGUAACUAGGGCUCCAUCAAGUCUGCCUUUUACUUUUCGGUUUUGUUAUUCAUUUUCUAGCCUGCAACUGGUUGGGCGAAAUCUGGAAAAAAACAUGCGAGGUGGAAGAGGCAACAUGUCAAAUUCCACAAACUCGGAGUCAUCCCAAACCCAGCUGUGGUCAAACCCACUGUGACUUAAUCCUGCGUCGAAACUAAAUGCGCAGUAGUUCAGUUAUUAUUGUCCUCUACUGUUCGAGAAAAUUAUUGAGAAACACGGCAGCCUUCAUUUUUAAAAAAAAGUAUUAAUCGUUCCCCAGUUGGCUAAAAUCAUUGAUUUUCUGUUUGGGCAACGUUUUUUUUUUAAAAAAGCACAUAACUGGGGAAUGUCACCUUGUUAAUUUGUGCCUUUGGAAUUUUUUUCAAAGAUUUUCUCAAACCAGAGCUGAGAGGACGAUCCCCGUUCUGCUGAGUUCCUGUGGGGAGUAUCUUUGCUGAUGAGUUGAAUGCCUGUGUUCACAUCACUAUUUGAACAGCGGUAUGUUUUAACCAGGGGAGAUCCCGUGCUAAAGAUACCUUGAUACAUCUGCAUCUAUGGGCAGGUGAGAGGUGAGAGAGAUUUGCGCUCUGAAAUGCUGGUCCAGCAGAGAGAGGCAAUUAGUUCUUCCGACUGCAUUUCAGAUUUUUUGUCCCUAUUAAGUAUGUAACUUCAAGUGGGCGCUUGGCCGUGCAAACUGGUUUGAAUGGAAUAAUGGGGUAGCUCCAGGAAAACACAAUGCCGGUUUUAGACUCGGUGGCCAAUUUGAAAACGUACUCCUACUAAACCCGCGCGCAAAGAGGGCUUCAAUCUGGGGUUAAAAAGGAUUUUUUUUGAUAAAAUGCUGCCCACUGCCGCUUGCCUCUGACCCUGGGUGUUCUAGCAUUUUUGUCUUGCGCAACAGCACCACCUAAAGUUCAAAAAAUGAUAUUACAGAAGCAUACUUCCAGUUGCCUUGCUCCUUUUGGGUUCUUAAAACAAGCAGGGAAAGCUUUGCUUUUGUUUUCGUUUUAAGUAUCACUGCCGGCAAAGUAAUUAAAAUCCGAGGAAAGUUCAUUCUGAUAGGAUUAAUUUGGACAGACGACGCAUGUCUCUGUGUUUGUAAGAUGCACAAAGCCAUAAUCUGGACAACAUGUAAUUGAAAACAUCCCUCACUUCGCCAUUAAAUACGGAUGCUGAGAAGUUUAACUAUGUGCAGUAUAAAUGGAGUCCUUUUUUUGAGAGAAAAAUAUUAGCAGCGACAGUUAUACAGAUCUUGAGCUGUCAUGUAUCAAGGCGGGAAUUUCACUUUCGCGCUGCAGCAUUGAGUGACCAUUUGCUUGACAGUCAGGCAAAGCCCCUGCGUAUUGAUUGCCUGGCGGUUUUGCAAGGAACACCAUACCUGGUCUUUCCCGCAAGUUUGAGUGGGAAUCCUGGAUCAUCUAUUGUUCCCCAAACCUUAACGACAAUGAGUCAAUUUGACCAAUUGCAGAGCUCCCAACUACUGUCCUGGCUGAAAUAUUUAGGGUGGACAUUUGUCUGUGAAAGAUAAGCUAUACUCAUUGAGAGAGUAUGUACGUGUAUGUGUGUGUGUGUGUGUGUGUGUGUGUGUGUGUGUGUCCUCUGUCUUCCACCCUCCUAUCCCCCUUUCUCCAGGCAAGGUGUGUGUACUACCUAUAGUUUAGUGAAUAGCAGUAAAGUAUAACAAUUUAGAUUAUCCACGCCUCUGCCUUUCAUGCAGUCUAAUCCAUUUCCAGUGUGUUACCUCCUCUCACCCCAGAUUGGGAGUUUUAGAAGAGCCAGGUCACAUGGUGCUUUUAUUCUGAUGCCUAAAAUUCACCUUUUGUACCGUGCCUCCUUUGUAAGCAAAUCUUCUGAUUUAAUAAAAUUGAGAAUCUGCUUCAAUUA